UAGACGAAAGUUUGUCUCUCUUCUGCUUGUUUUAUCCAAGGGGUCCAGUGAAUAUUAUUCGAUUUAAUUUGGUGUGGCCAUGUUCAUGCACAUAUAUGUAGUAUAUACAUGCGAUGACAAUUUAUAUGCAAUCAUUAAGUCGGCCCGAAAGCAUAGGGGAGAAGUCAUGAGACUCAUGACCUUGUGUAGUUGUUAUGUUUCAAUUUGUCAAAAUUUGGGUAAUUUUUUUAAAAAAACUGUUUACAUUAAGGAAAAACAUAUGAAAAUAACUUUGUGCUGGCGAUAAUGAUAUACUAAAUUGUACUUUUCACAUUUACAUAAAAUUAAUAGUCGGAGUAAACAAUUACCGGUUUCUGGUUCGAAUUUAUGAAUGAUUCUAAAAUCUAAAAAAGAAAAGAAAAACAAAUUUGGCUUAGCUCAUUAAUCAGUGUAGAGUUUCGCAUUUUAAGGACCAUCUCUAAAGAGAUAAAGACUUGUGAAAAACUGGCAUCAGCUCAGUUCUCAUUGUGUUGUUUUAGGCGAUGCUUUUUGUCCGUCCCGCCAGCUAUUUUCCCACUGGAAACUUCCACAUGCUUCCAAAGGUCCUGCCACGCAGCUAGUUCUUAUCCCGAAAACAAUCUUUUCUCCUUUUGCCUUUCCGAACCGGGUCAGGUCAGACCGAUUUCUAAUCGGGUGAGUUCGAGUCGGGUAAAAAUCGGUCGGGUCGGGUAAAAUAAUUAUUCCAAAAAAAAAAAGUUCUUCUUCUUCUUCCUCGUGUUCUCUCCCAAUCUCAAAACCCUAGCUGUUCCCUAUUCAAUUAAGCUAGGUUACUCUCAAUUCGAGUUUGAUUCACUGUGAAUUAGAAAACCAACGAUGAUGCAUUGUCCUGUCUCUUCGUCACUUAUCUUCCAACCGAGCAGUAUCCGAGCAACAUCGAAAGUCUACGCAAAGAAGAAACUCACUAAGAAUCUCCGUAACCCACGCCGCACCAAGCUCCCUCCUGAGUUCGGUGUCAACUUGUUCCUAAGGAAACCCAUCACAGAACCGUUGUUACCACUACAAGAAGAAGAAGAAGAAGAUCAAGAGCUUGAUGGUAGUCCUGAUGUCUGGGAACCAAACGAAAUCGAGGCGAUCUCAUCUCUUUUCCAGCAAAGAAUCCCUCAGAAACCGGAGAGAGUAGUUCGAGUCAGGCCUCUACCACUUCCUCAGCCUCACAAGCUACGACCUUUAGGCCUCCCAACUCCAAAGCCCAACAACAUCAAGAAACCACUAGUGUCAUCAUCAUCAAAAGACCCGAGCUUUCUCAUCACUUUAGCUAGAGAGAUCAAACACUUACCUUCCCCUGAAGCAGACGUCUCUCUCGUCCUCAACAAAUGGUCCACCUUCCUCCGCAAAGGCUCCCUCUCCACCACCAUCCGCGAGCUCGGCCACAUGGGUUUGCCCGAGAGAGCCUUGCAGACUUACCGCUGGGCUGAGAAGCAUCCUCAUCUCUUUCCUGAUAACCGCAUCCUCGCGUCCACCAUCCAGGUCCUAGCCAAGCACCGCGAGCUGAAGCUUCUCAAGUUCGACAACACCUUGGCUAGCAAGAGCGUUAUCGAAGCCAUGAUCAAAGGCUGCAUCGAAGGCGGGUGGCUGAACCUAGCGAGGAAGCUUUUACUGAUAGCUAAAAGUAACAACCGUGUCCUCGACUCGAGUAUCUACGUUAAGAUGAUUCUAGAGAUCGCUAAAAACCCUGACAAGUACCAUCUCGUUGUUUCCCUCCUCGACGAGUUGAAAGACAGAGAAGACUUGAAGCUGAGCCAGCAAGACUGCACGAGCGUGAUGAAGGUCUGCGUGAAACUUAAAAGGUUCGAGCUCGUUGAGUGUCUCUUUGAAUGGUACAAAGAAUCUAACAGAGAGCCGAGCGUUGUGAUGUACACUACCAUGAUACACAGCCGGUAUUCGGAAGAGAAGUAUAGAGAGGCGAUGAGUAUGGUUUGGGAGAUGGAGGAAUCGAACUGUCUUCUUGAUCUUCCUGCUUAUAGAGUGGUUAUUAGAUUGUUUGUGGCGUUGGAUGAUUUGGGAAGAGCGAUGAGAUACUACUCUAAGCUCAAGGAAGCUGGUUUUACUCCAACGUAUGAUGUUUUUCGCGAUAUGAUCAGCGUUUGUAUAGCUUCUGGGAGAUUGACAAAGUUUAGAGAGAUAUGUAAGGAGGUUGAAGAUGCUGGAUUGAGGUUGGAUGCAGACACUUCGUUUAGGUUGUUGCAGCUCGAAAACCAAACAAUGUCUCUAUAAAGUAUUAAGACUUGUAAUAGAGUUUUGUGUUCUCUUUGAUUAGAGAUAACAUUUUUUGUGAAUACAAGAAAUUCUAUGAUAAAACAUUUUGUGGUUUUACUGUUU